GUUAAAGCCCCGCGCGGCCCGGAGAGGAACUCCCAGCUCCCGGCGUGCACUCCCGCUUGGCCAGCGCUCACCAUGCGGCCCCUCGUCCUGCUGUGGGGCUGCCUCGUGCUCCCAGGUUAUGGAGCCCUGGAGGGCCCGAAGGAGAUCAGUGGCUUUGAAGGUGACACUGUGUCCCUGCAGUGCACCUACGGGGAAGAGCUGAAGAAGUACAGGAAAUACUGGUGCAGGGAGAGCGGGCUCUUGAUCUCCCGCUGCUCUGGGACUGUCUACUCUGGAGAAUAUGGCCAGGAAGGCAGGGUGUCCGUCCACGACAACCCCCGGCAGCUCAGGUUUGAGGUCACCCUGAGGAACCUCACCCUGAAGGACGUGGGGCAGUACUGGUGUGGAGUCAAAAGAGUGGGCUUCGAUAAGACUUUCUCGGUUUCCUUGCUCGUCUUUCCAGGGACCUCUCCUCACCCAGCAACCUCUCCUCCUGCAGGGAUCUCCCACCAAGCCACACGGCUAGACUCUACCUCAACAGAGGACACCGGUUUUGUCCCCAUCAGAAGCAGCUCCAAGACCAGGGUGUCCAUCCCGAUGACCCGCAUGUUGGCCCCGGUCCUGGUGCUGCUGGCCCUUCUGCUGGCCACAGGCCUGGCCGCCCUCGGCAGCUACAUGCUCCAAUGGAGGAAGAAAGCUCAACUGGCCACGGAGACACAGAGGAAGGAGAAGGUCCAUCUCUCCCACUUGACUUCAAAGGAAGACGAAGCCUCGUGGCAGACCCCUGAGGGAGACAUGACCCCAGGCCCUCCCCUCCCCGUGUCUGGGGACGAGCCAGACUUUUCUAAGUUCAUCUCAGUCUAG